CCGCCCUCCUCCUAUGACCUCUUGACGCAGCCACGACAGGGUAGAAACAGUCGCUGUCACCCAGGUUUUCUUAGCCAAGCGUGGAGUGAGAUGUCCUUGGCACAGGCGUCCUGAGAUGCGGGCCCAACGGGAAUUCUGUGACACUUAUGAGGGUUUCUCUGAGCUAUGCCGCUGCAGGGACCCCUUGACGCCCGCCCUGGCUCGUGCUGCUGCUCCCCUCGUGCCGCUGCAGGAGAGCAUCCCUGUGGUGGUGGCGACCUCCAGGCACCCCUAUCAUCUGUACCGGACUCUCCUCCAGCUGCUGCAGAUGCCCGGCGGUGGACAGACGCCCUUCCUGGUGGCGCUGGAGGGGGAAAGUGCUGCCAUCAGGGACCUUGCAGAACUCUUCGGCAUUCCCUGCAGGUAGAAUAGACAGACACAGAAGCACACACACAGAGAUGAAAGAGAAGAGUGAAAAGAAAGAACAGAGACAGAGAUAGACAGACACAGAAGCACACACAGAGAUGAAAGAGAAGAGUGAGAAGAAAGAACAGAGAGAGAGAUAGAAAGACACAGAAACAUACACAGAAAGAAAAGAGAAAGGGACAGUGAAAAGAAAGAACAGAGAGACAGAGGUAGAAACAGCACAGAAGCACACACACAGAAAGAGAACAGAAGGAGGGUAAGAAGAAAAGAUAGACAGAGGUGC